CCUGCCGGAGUGGCUGUCGGAUGAGGACAGCCUGCUGUGCCGUGACAGCAAAAUGGGAAAUUACUCUGUUGGCACUAAAAGGGGUUCUUCUAAGUCUGCUGAUAAUUGGCACGAAUCCCCCACCCUCCACAAUUACCAGGGUUCCAUUGCUGAAGCUGAUCGUGAUGUCCAGUAAGUCGAUGCUGGUGUGGAAGUGUUCCAGAGAGAGUGUAACAGACAGGUGCCGGUUAUGGAGGUUGUGGUGGAAAUCUAUGACGGAGUUUAGGUCAUCUGUCCAGAAGACGAAAAUAUGUAUCUCAGCCGGCUGCACCUUUGAGGAAGACGUGGAUUUAAACCAGUGUGAGUACAGCCAGCGGGAGGACGAUGACUUCGAGUGGGAGCUGAUCCGCAGCUAUGUCAUGCCUCACCUGACCUCUGACCUUCCUCACGGUUCCUACCUGAUGGUCAACGCCUCCCAGCACGCGCAGGGGCAGAAAGCGCAUCUCCUCUUCCAGACGCUGAGCGAGAACGACACCCACUGCCUCCAGUUCAGCUACUUCAUGUACAGCCGGGAUGGCCACAGCCCCGGCUCCCUCAACGUCUACGUGAAGGUGAACGGGGGCCCGCUGGGCAGCCUGGUGUGGAACGUGUCCGGCUCCCAUGGGCGCCAGUGGCACCAGGCCGAGCUGGCCGUCAGCAUGUUCUGGCCCAACGAGUACCAGGUCCUGUUCGAGGCGGUGAUCUCUGGCGAGCGCAGAGGAUACCUCGGCUUGGACGACAUCCUGCUCUUGAAUUAUCCGUGCUCCAAAGCGCCUCAUUUCUCCCGCCUGGGCGACGUGGAGGUCAACGCCGGGCAGAACGCCACCUUCCAGUGCGUGGCAGCCGGGAAGGCGUUGGAGGCGGAGAGGUUCCUCAUGCAGAGGCAGAAUGGAGCUGUCGCCCUGGCCGCCUCAGUGAAGCACAUCAGCCAUAGAAGGUUCCUGGCUACCUUCCAGCUGGACCAGGUCUCCAAGGGGGAGCAGGAUCUUUACCGCUGCGUCAGCCAGUCUGUGCGGGGCUCCGGCGUCUCCAACUUUGCCGAGCUGAUUGUGAAAGAGCCCCCCACGCCCAUCGCUCCCCCCCAGCUGCUCCGAGCAGGCUCCACCUACCUGAUCAUCCAGCUCAACACCAACUCCAUCAUCGGCGACGGCCCCAUUGUGCGCAAGGAGAUCGAGUACCGCAUGACCUCGGGGCCCUGGUCGGAGGUCCACGCCGUCAACAUGCAGACCUACAAGCUGUGGCACCUGGAUCCCGACACGGAGUACGAGAUCAGCGUGCUGCUCACGCGGCCGGGGGACGGAGGGACUGGCAAGCCGGGGCCGCCCCUCAUAAGCAGGACCAAAUGCGCAGAGCCCAUGAGGGCCCCCAAAGGCCUGGCCUUCUCUGAGAUCCAGUCCAGGCAGCUGACGCUGCAGUGGGAGCCGCUGGGCUACAACCUGACACGCUGCCACACCUACACGGUCUCCCUCUGCUACCGCUACUUCGUGGGCACCAGCCACAACCAGACCUUCCGGGAGUGCAUGAAGAUGGAGCACAACGUCCACCGCUACACCAUCAAGAACCUGCUGCCCUACAAGAACGUCCACGUGAAGCUCAUCCUCUCCAACCCCGAGGGGCGCAAGGAAGGGAAGGAGAUGAUAUUCCAGACGGACGAGGAUGUCCCCGGAGGCAUCGCCUCGGAGUCACUCACCUUCACCCCCUUGGAGGACAUGAUCUUCCUGAAAUGGGAAGAGCCACUGGAGGCCAACGGGCUGAUCACCCAGUAUGAGAUCAGCUACCAGAGCAUCGAGUCUUCGGACCCAGCCGUCAACGUGCCAGGCCCCCGCCGCACCGUCUCCAAGCUCCGCAACGAGACCUACCACGUCUUCUCCAACCUGCACCCGGGCACCACCUACCUGUUCUCCGUGCGGGCGCGCACUGGCAAGGGUUUCGGCCAGACCGCGCUGACCGAGAUCACCACCAACAUCUCCGCUCCCAGCUUCGACUACGGGGACAUGCCGUCGCCUCUGAGCGAGUCGGAGAGCACCAUCACGGUGCUGCUGAGGCCGGCGCAGGGCAGAGGGGCCCCCAUCAGCACCUACCAAGUCAUCGUGGAGGAAGACCGGCCCAAGAAGACCAAGCGGGAGUUGGGGGGCCAGGACUGCUUCCCGGUGCCGCUGACCUUUGACGACGCCGUGUCCCGGGGCUCCGUGCACUACUUUGGAGCCGAGCUGCCUCCCAACAGCCUCCCCGAAGCCAAGCCCUUCACCGUCGGGGACAACCAGACGUACAGCGGCUUUUGGAACCCCCCGCUGGAGCCCAAGAAGGCGUAUCUCAUCUACUUCCAGGCCAUGAGCAACCUGAAAGGGGAGACCAGGCUGAACUGCAUUCGGAUCGCCCGCAAAGCUGCCUGCAAAGAGAGCAAGCGUCCCCUGGAGGUGUCCCAGCGCUCGGAGGAGAUGGGCCUGAUCCUGGGCAUUUGUGCCGGGGGGCUGGUUGUCUUGAUUAUCCUCCUUGGAGCGAUCAUUGUCGUCAUCCGGAAAGGGAAACCUGUCAACAUGACCAAAGCUACUAUUAACUACCGCCACGAGAAGACCCACAUGAUGAGCGCCAUCGACCGGAGCUUCACAGACCAGAGCACCCUGCAGGAGGACGAGAGGCUGGGCCUGUCCUUCAUGGAUGCACACAACUGCAGCAACAGGGGUGACCAGCGCAGCAGUGCAGUCAAUGAGUCCAGCAGCUUGCUCGGAGGCUCCCCCCGGCGCCAGUGCGGGCGCAAGGGCUCCCCGUACCACACCGGGCAGCUCCACCCUGCCGUCAGAGUGGCCGAUCUCCUCCAGCACAUCAACCAGAUGAAGACAGCGGAAGGCUACGGCUUCAAGCAGGAGUAUGAGAGUUUCUUUGAAGGCUGGGAUGCAUCCAAGAAGAAAGACAAGACCAAAGGGAGGCAGGAUCACAUGCCAACCUACGACCGACAUCGAGUCAAGCUGCACCCGCUGCUCGGGGACCCCAAUUCGGAUUACAUCAACGCUAACUACAUCGACAUUCGGAUAAACCGAGAAGGUUACCACAGAUCCAACCACUUCAUAGCCACUCAAGGCCCCAAGCAGGAAAUGGUGUACGACUUCUGGCGCAUGGUGUGGCAGGAGCACUGUUCCAGCAUCGUGAUGAUCACCAAGCUGGUGGAGGUGGGAAGGGUGAAGUGUUCCAAGUACUGGCCGGACGACUCCGAGAUGUACGGAGACAUCAAAAUCACCCUGGUCAAAUCAGAGCUGCUGGCAGAAUACGCCGUCCGGACAUUCGCCCUGGAGAGGAGGGGCUACUCGGCGCGGCACGAGGUGAAGCAGUUCCACUUCACGUCGUGGCCCGAACACGGGGUGCCUUACCACGCCACCGGGCUCUUGGCCUUCAUCCGGAGAGUGAAGGCUUCCACGCCCCCCGACGCGGGGCCUAUAGUCAUCCACUGCAGCGCUGGCACCGGGAGGACGGGCUGUUACAUCGUCCUGGAUGUGAUGCUGGACAUGGCUGAGUGCGAGGGCGUUGUGGACAUUUACAACUGUGUGAAGACGCUUUGUUCGCGGAGAAUCAACAUGAUCCAGACCGAGGAGCAAUACAUCUUCAUCCAUGACGCCAUCCUGGAAGCCUGCCUGUGUGGGGAGACCGCCAUCCCGGUCAGCGAAUUCAAGCCGACAUACAAGGAGAUGGUCAGGAUAGAACCGCAGAGCAACUCCUCACAGCUGCGGGAGGAAUUCCAGACCCUGAACUCGGUCACGCCCCACCUGGACGUGGAGGAGUGCAGCAUCGCUCUCCUGCCGCGGAACCGGGAGAAGAACCGCAGCAUGGACGUCCUGCCUCCGGACCGAUGCCUUCCCUUCCUCAUCUCCAUGGACGGGGACAGUAACAACUACAUCAACGCGGCCUUAACCGACAGCUACACCAAGAGCGCGGCCUUCGUCGUCACCCUGCACCCUCUGCAGAACACCACCGCCGACUUCUGGAGACUGGUGUACGACUACGGCUGCACCUCCAUCGUCAUGCUCAACCAGCUCAACCAGUCCAACUCCGCCUGGAUGGGGAAACUGAGGCACAGAAAGGGGGGAAGUGACUUUCCCAAAGUCACGCAGCAGCCCUGCUUACAGUACUGGCCGGAGCCAGGGCUCCAGCAGUAUGGGCCCAUAGAAGUGGAGUAUGUUUCCCGAUCAGCGGAUGAGGAUUUCGUUGCUCGCCUCUUCCGGGUGCAGAACAUCACACGGUUGCAGGAAGGGCACCUGAUGGUCCGGCAUUUCCAGUACCUGAGGUGGUCAGCGUACAGGGAUACGCCAGACUCCAAGAAGUCGUUCCUGCACCUGCUGGCCCAAGUGGAGAAGUGGCAGGAGGAGAGCGGCGACGGGAGGACAGUCGUGCACUGCUUGAACGGGGGUGGUCGGAGCGGCACUUUCUGUGCCUCUACCAUGAUCCUGGAGAUGAUCAAGUGUCACAACUUGGUGGAUGUUUUCUAUGCUGCAAAGACCCUCCGCAACUACAAGCCAAAUAUGGUCGAGACCUUGGAACAGUAUCAUUUCUGCUACGACAUAGCACUGGAAUACCUGGAAUCACUGGAGACAAGAUAGCAUCGUGCCGGAAGAUGGAAAGCAAAUGUUUGUUUAGAGUUCACGCCAAACAUGCAUUUUGCACUUGGACUUUGAGCUAGUGCGACUGGUGAGAGGAGGGGGAAAUAAUGGACAGAAUAAAAAAAAUACAAUAAUGAAAAACAAAAGGCAGGAUGUGAAGAAAUGUCAGCCAUGAUAGAUCUUCAUCCUCCUGCUCUCCAUCUCCCAGGCCCUCUUUCCACCCUCAUGGGACAGAGCUCAAAUGGGUUGGUUGCUAGCACUCGUUCCAUUACCAUGGUGAUGCCUCCGUGACAGCCAGGACCGUGAAACAUACAAGGGCGAGUAAGAGGAUUUCACCCAUGGACACCUUUGGACACAUCCAAUGCACGGAGCAGACCAUGGCUAAAGCAGAAGCAAAGUGGGAAGGGAAAAAAGAGAGGAAUUCCAGCCUGUUUCUCAGUGAUGGCCACAAAGGAUUUAUGGAAACAACAGUAGUUGGGUUUUUUGAAUUGUAUUUUCAGUCUAAGCAGCUUUUCAGAGGAGCCCAGAAGGUCCUCUGCAGCCUUUGGCCUCUGUGGAGACACAAGCCAUGUUGGAGUGAAGACACUAAAGCGAGUUGUGUCAUUU